AUGCUGUCUACUGCCUGGGGCGUACUGGCCUCGGCAGGGGGAACCAAUCUGCAGGCGAUACUCGACCGGAGCGCUUCGGGUCGGCUGCCGGCGCGUGUGGGCGUUGUGAUCGGCAACAACAGCCGAUCGGGCGCUCUGGCCCGCGCACGCCUGUCUGGCAUUCCCGCAUUCCACCUGAGCGGUGUGACGCACCCGCGACCCGGCGCCCUCGACCGGGCUAUCACGGAAACGCUCAGGUCCCACGGCGUCGACCUGCUGGUUCUGGCGGGUUAUAUGAAGAAACUUGGCCCCGUGACGCUCGAGAACUAUAAAGACCGGAUCGUCAACAUACACCCCGCGCUCCUUCCCGCAUUCGGCGGCAAGGGGAUGUACGGACACCGUGUCCACGAAGCCGUCGUCCGGAGUGGCGUCGAGGUCUCCGGUGCGACCGUGCAUCUCGUGGACGGGGAAUACGACACCGGUCCGGUUAUUUUGCAGCGAAGGGUCCGCGUUUGCGCCCGAAGAUUCGCCCGAUUCCCUCGCACGCAAGGUUGUGCGUCCAUGGCGAUGGUGUUGACGGAGACGAGGUUGGAUGGCGUGCCCCUGUUUGCCAGGGGCAAGGUCCGCGAUGUCUACGAUUUGGGAGAUCGACUUUUGAUUGUGGCGACGGAUCGAAUCUCGGCAUUUGAUUGUGUCGCGCCCAACGGCAUUCCGGGAAAGGGCGCUAUUUUGACAGAGAUGUCUCUCUUCUGGUUCGAGAAACUCGCACAUCUGGUCGCCCAUCAUCUGAUUACGGCGAGCGUAGACGAAUAUCCUUCUGAGUUGCAGGCUUAUCGGGAACAGCUCGAAUCGAGGUCGAUGCUGGUGAUGAAGGCCGACCGGGUGGAUAUCGAGUGUGUCGCACGGGGAUAUCUUGCCGGAUCCGGAUGGAAGGAUUACACAGAAACCGGCGCCGUAUGCGGGGUACAGCUGCCCGACGGGCUCGAGGAGUCCGGUCGGCUGGACCGGCCGAUCUUUACGCCGGCCACGAAAGCCGUAACCGGCCACGACGAAAACAUCUCGUUCGAACAGAUGUGCAACGUCGUGGAGCCGGGCCUUGCGUCCCGGUUGCGGGAUUUAACGCUGGAGAUCUACGCCGCCGCCCGUACGUUCGCCGAGGGCAAGGGCAUUUUAAUAGCCGAUACCAAGUUCGAAUUCGGCCUUCGGGACGGUGAAGUGAUCCUGAUCGACGAGAUCCUUUCCCCGGAUUCUUCCCGCUUCUGGGACCGGGAACUCUAUGCACCGGGCCGAUCGCAGGACAGUUUCGACAAGCAGUUUGUCCGCGAUUAUCUGGAGACCCUCGAUUGGGACAAAACCCCGCCCGCCCCGGAGUUGCCAGACGAGAUUGUCGAGAAAACCCUGGACAAGUAUCGCGACGUUCGAGAUCGAUUGCUUGGCUAA